AUGCCCGUCUGGAUAUGUCCACAGCCAGUGACUCAGUCAUUCAACACAUUCAUCCUCUUCCGAGCUGCACCGACUACCCUGGCCGACUUCGCCGCCGCGGAACUUGCCAGGCGGGAAGAUCGGUCAAACCUCGAAUUGAUGGAUCUCUCGGGUCAUCCGCGCUGGGUGGAGCAUCGGAUGGCCCGAGAGAACACCAUCGCAACCGAGGGCUUUCGAUCUCCAUCAGAUGGUCUUGGCUCUCCUUGGGUCGAAGACACCAAGUUGACCGGUGGCCAGUACAACUUGCUCCUGGCCCUCUACUAUGUCAUGUUCGAGGCCUUCGGCCCAGUCAUGACCGUCUUCACCAAAGUCGGCUCGGCCAAGGUCAGUUUGCCUUGUAUGAUGCUGACCUUUGGUAUUGCGUCGGCCUGCACCUCGGUCGUCAAAAACUUCGGUCAACUGCUCACCUGUCGCAUUUUUGUCGCUGUCAUCGCCUCCGCGUUUGGCGGCCUGCUGGCGUACGGGAUGUUUCAAAUCAGGCCGUCCUCGUCCAGUAACUUGUUCGUGUGGCCGUAUCUCUUCAUUCUCAAAGGCUGCCUGACCUGCAUCGUCGCCAUCGUCGCCUACUUCAUCCUCCCGCAGGACAUCGCGCAUGCCUAUUUCCUCACGCCCACCGAAAAGGAUAUGGCCGAGAUGCGUAUCCGCCUCGAGACCAUGGAGAGCCGGAACGACCGGUUCAUGUGGUCUGAGGCUGUUGCUGAGUUCAAGAAGGUCCAUGGCUGCGCCCGUGUCCUGAUCGCCCUGUCGGUGGGCAUCUGGCCAAAUGUAAGCGCCAAUUUCCUCGCUAUCAUGACGGUCCGAUUGGGAUACUCGGUCACGAAGACGAACUUAUCUGCCCCUUCCGUUCCUCCUACGCACGACGAUGAGGAGCAGGCAUUAGCACUAGCACUAGUUUUGCAUCAGGAAAUCUCUCAAUAG